CCCCGACUGACCAUUUGUCAAUCGCCGUGUACUUCUCGGGUGAUCCUUACAGCGUGUACUGAGAUGCAUCUCAACCGCUACGACAAUGUCCAAACAGUAUCUCGCUCAACAUACGAUUGACGAGGCCCACCCUAGCGACAUCUUCUCUCUCGCAACCACACCUACCCAAAUUCUCACCGGCUCAGGUCAACCAUCCAUCAAGAUCUUCUCUACCAACAAGGACGAUUUCCCGAUCGACCAAAGCCUCAGCGACGCGCACAAAUUAGGUGUCCACCACCUCGCGACCAGCAAGAAUGGCACGCGGGCCGUGAGUGCGGGGUUCGGAGGCGAAGCCAAAGUCUGGAAUUUCACAGAGGGUAUAUGGAAGCAAGACUCGGAAAUCACGAGCGACAAAAAAGCGGGUGAAGUCUGGGCUAUUGCCUUGUCGGCCGACGGACAAUAUCUUGCGGCGACGACAUAUGAUGGGCGAGUGGGUGUAUAUGACUUGGCCGACAAGAAUAAAAAGAUCAGGGACUACGAGACUAAAGGCAGUUUUGGCAUGGCAGUCGACUUGUCUCCCGAUGGUCGCUUCGUUGCCAGCGGGCACGAAUCCGGAAACAUCUACGUGUUUUCCACCGCCACAAACCGUCUCCUUCACUCAUUGCCAGGUCUCAUCAAACCCGUCCGGGCCGUUACUUUCUCUCCCAUGUCAACUCUUCUCGCCGCCGCUGGAGACGCCCGCAUCAUCUCGCUGUACGAUCCGAGUUCAGGCGAGCAGGUCGCCAAUCUCACCGGUCAUGCUGCCUGGAUCACCAGCUUGGACUGGAGUCAUACAGGUCAGUAUCUUUUAAGCGGGGCUUUGGACGGAAAGGUCAAAGUGUGGGAUAUUGAGAGACGGACUUGUGUGGCCACGCACAGUGAAAGUGACCAGGGCUUGUGGUGCGUCAAGUGGUUACCAAAGGGCGAUUCUGGCGUCGAGAGACAAAAGGCCGAGAAGUUUGUGACGGUGGGUGCGAAUAGGGCGGUUUCUGUCUACCGUGAGGCGACGGGUGGAUGAGGACUUGCUAAAGAAGGAAAACAACCACAAACUCGACGACGAGCGUCGUUGUCGUCAUAUUCAACGACAGUUAUAGGCUCUGUUCCGGUUCCAAAGCAUGAAUUGGAAGGUGGAGGCUGCCGAACAUCCAACUCGACUAUGAAUGGGCGACCAUGUAAUUGCCUAUGUGUCUCUAAACCCGAAAGAGGCGAGGCAGUCUUUGUCCGACCAGUGGUCUGCGUCCAAGGGUCGUCGCCAUUCCAAAAGAUCGGUUGAAUAUGCCCAGUGUCGGCUUCAAUAGAGCAUGAUGAUCAAAUAGCCAUACGGGCCAUAUGAUGCUGAGUCCUGCCAGCAGACAGAGUGAGUCUCUACCUUGGGCCUAAACAAAUGGCAUGUGGAUGCAAGUACCGAUCAGUGGUGAUGUCUUAUAUGUACUCGCGGCUGGGCUAUUGCGAGAUACGGCUACAGACUUUCCCAUCGAGGAUCCCAUGAGUGUCCUAGCAUACAGAAAAGAAUUUAGAGCAUCCAUAGAACGACAAAUAUGAA